GGAAUAACCGAGGCUCAGAAGCUUCCGUCCUCCGAGGGGCGGCAGCCCAGGACCCGGCAGUUGCAGUGGGGCUGGGAGGAGGCUGGGGACCCGGGCUCCGGGCUCGGGACUCAGAGGAGGAGCCGAGAAUUCCCCCCCACUUCCCCACGCCUCGGAAGUCUCCCACUCAGUACCUUAUACUGAUGUUCUGACCGGUUUGGUGUUUGUCAUCAAAUGAAGAGGAAUUCGGGAAAGGAGGAACAGAGAGGGUCCCGGAGUUUCUUCAAGAACCGACCGAGAGCCGCGGCUCCCGCGGAGUUACGCGAGAAUCUGAACGGAGUGAACGCGGACGCCGGGGCAGAGGCGCCGAGGGCAGCGCGGCUUUUGCGCUCGCCAAGCCGUGGGGUUUAAAUCUCCCGCCUCCCGCAGCCGGAGCCCGACACCUCCACGCUCUGGUGCGGAGGGGUACCGGCUGCGGAUGCGGCUUGGCAGCGGCGCAGGGCUCGCGAGCGGCGGCAGCGGGAACGGGCGCCGGGACCGACCUCCGAGCUGCCGAACGCGACCCGAGGCGGCGGAGGACAGGCGCGUCGCGGCUCCGGCGUCGAGUCACUCCAUGGAUUUUUUUGGGCAACCCAGACCAGAAGAUAACCAGUCAGUAGUCAGCAGAAUGCAAAAGAAAUACUGGAAAACCAAACAGGUCUUUAUCAAAGCAACCGGGAAAAAGGAGGAUGAGCACGUAGUGGCAUCUGAUGCUGAACUGGAUGCUAAACUUGAGGUUUUUCACUCCAUUCAAGAGACAUGCACUGAACUUCUGAAGAUAGUUGAGAAAUAUCAGCUAAAACUCAAUGUUAUAUCGGAGGAAGAAAACGAACUAGGGCUCUUUUUAAAGUUCCAAGCAGAACGGGAUACAACGCAGGCUGGCAAAAUGAUGGAUGCCACUGGCAAGGCACUCUGUUCUUCAGCCAAGCAAAGAUUGGCUCUGUAUACUCCCCUGUCUCGUCUUAAGCAAGAAGUAGCAACAUUCAGUCAAAGGGCAGUAUCUGAUACCUUGAUGACAGUCAAUCGGAUGGAGCAGGCACGCACAGAAUAUAGAGGAGCUCUGCUGUGGAUGAAAGACGUGUCCCAAGAACUGGACCCAGACACCUUAAAACAAAUGGAAAAGUUCCGAAAAGUACAGAUCCAAGUGAGAAAUAGCAAAGCUUCUUUUGACAAGUUAAAGAUGGAUGUUUGUCAGAAAGUGGAUUUACUUGGAGCUAGUCGCUGCAAUAUGUUGUCUCAUUCACUCGCUACCUACCAGAGGACACUGCUUGGAUUCUGGGAGAAAACAGCUCGAAUGAUGUCCCAAAUCCAUGGGACCUGUAUUGGCUUUCAUCCAUAUGAUUUUGUAGCUCUCAAGCAGCUACAAGACACUCCAGUCAAGCUUACUGAAGACCACAAGGAAGAACGAAUAGAAGACAGCUCUCUCCCGGAAGACCUCAAUAAGUUAGUUUUGUCAGAUGAGGAAGUGAGCUUGGGGAGUGAACCAGUUGCAAAAGAUGUACCAGUAGAUUCAUUGGAAGAUGAUUUUGAGAAGGAAUUCUCAUUUCUGAACAGCCUCCUAAGUCCUGGUUGUGGGAGUGCUAGUGAAUUUUCCCAGGAAUGCCAGGCUGUCUUUGGGAGCCCCAAGGCCAGUCUUACAUCCCAGGAGCCUUCUGGGGGAUCUGAGCCUCUUGCUCACUCCUCACGAUUCCUUCCUUCACAACUCUUUGACCUUGGCCUUCAUGCUGCUGGAGCUUUCAACAGCUGGGCCUCCCAAGGGGGAUUAGAACUUCCUCUUCCACACAUUGAUAACCAGUCAGUGCCUUCACAGAGUCCAAAGAAAUUAACAAAAUCUCCCAACAGUGGUAACCAAGACAUGUCAGCCUGGUUCAAUCUAUUUGCAGACUUGGAUCCGCUUUCAAACCCAGAUGCUAUUGGACACUCAGAUGAUGAACUUCUUAAUGCUUGACUGGUUAUGAUGCCACUUCAGUGGCCUUGAGACACCAAUUUUGCAACUUACUGCCUUUGUGGAAAGGAGUUUAUGUUGUCACCCAUAUCCGAAAACCUUAUGUUUGCAAGGUUAGACACAUGGAAAGGACCACGUUUUAAUACAUUAAGUAUCUCUUUAAUAUCUUGGAUUUGCAGCUGUUGAUAAUAUAUGGAAAAUAUUAGAAACUACUGAGUCUGAAAUACAUACCAAAAGUUAGUUAGUUCAAAAAUAACAGCUAGGAAUAAUUAUCAGUAGGAGUUGUGUUUAUCUGUUUGGAAAGCCUUUUAUGUAUGUUGCCUUGCUGGCUGUGAGAAUUCUAUAUCUAGAGAAAGGACAGCAUGUAAACUGGGUUGUGAUUUGGGGUUGGUUUUUAAAUAAAACGGUGGCAGGGGGAAUUCUCUGUUGUGGAAAAUAGCACUAGAACCAGAGCAGUUUUUUCUUUAGUUAGAAAGGUAGAAUAAGAUUUGAGAACUCAAUUUGCUUCAGUGAAAUCACAGAGAAACUUGGUGCUUGUUUUCUCCACUUGGAGGCUAAUAAUAUUCCUUAGUUUUUUUCCUCCAUACAAAAUCAUGGACACCCCCCCCCCCGAUUUCAUUAUUGAAUUUUCUUGGGGAAGUAGCAGGAUGAUUUAUUUGCUAAGGAGUCCAUCCUCUGCAUAAACAGAAAAAUCUCUCUUCCCAUUUUAUAAACCACAAGAAUGUCCAUUCUAUGGUACUUCAGACAUUGUCCAAGUGUCUUCAGGCCUGAUUCUUCACACAUUGCUACUACAAUGUAGUGUAUUCAUAUGCUUCCUGAAAGAAAAUGAGGGGAGGAUACUCCCUGAGCAACUGGCAGUAGUACUCCUGAAAUGACCCAGAAACUUCUGUCUAUCUGAAUGAGGGAAAAAAAUUCUAAUUAACUUACCCUGGUACAGAUUUGCAAUACUUAUUACCCCACAUUUCUUGAAAUGAUUUAACCCAGAAUGCUUUCUGGCAAAGUUACAGAAAGCUCUAUACCAUCAGUAAGGGAGUGAUUUUCCACUUUUCUGUGGGUGACAUCGUCUGAGUGAUGAUUACUAAGGACAAACUUACCCUUAAAAGGUUUAGAGUCUAAGUACUGGAAGGAAGGCUAUUUAAUGAAGUUAGCAUAGUUAGUUAGUUAGUUAAUGAAAACAUAGCCACUGUAUACACACACUCAGUUUCCUACCCUUUUUUCCCAUCCACCCUUUAGUUCUGAGGCAGUUCACCAGGUGUCUUAUUUCGUCGUCCAGUCCAUUGUGUCUGCGUAAGAAAACAUUUUAACUAAGACGUUCACAGUAGUUUUCAUUGUACUCCUAGUUCUAAACAGGCUUACUUAUUAUUUACAAGAGAACUGCUUGUAAUCUCUGAGUCUCUGUAUACAGGAAAACAUUUUUUAGGAGUGGACUAGGGCAGGUAAAAUGCACUCCACUUCCCAUCCACAACAGUCUGGCCUAACUACAGUCUGAACUGCCCACAAGCUAUUUAGAAAACCACAACUGUGGUCAAGUAGUGUGUAGGCUGGAAAGACCUUAUCUGAGGGUCAGAAACAUGGACUUAAGAAAAGGUUAUGUAAAUCCUUCCUUAAAAUAUUUUCACAUGCUUAUUCCUAUUUCUUUACUUGGUUAACCACUAAGAAGCAUUUUGUAACUCUCCCUUUUUACUCAGUUUAAUGCCCCAGAAUGCAAUACUGUCUUUGUUCCACCAGAAUUCAAUCACCGGCGGUUACAAUUAUGAAUCACUAUCUAAAUUCUAUACCCAUGGUUGCUCUGCGCUUUCAACUCUGAAGUACCUCAGAAGAUGUUAAUUUUAUGUCUUGCGUUUUUGCCAUUUUUCUUUCAUUUUCACUAAUGCAUUUGUUCAAAAAUAUUUGUAUAGCUUCCUCACAUGCAUGCAGAGCAGUCCUUGUUAUUUCAUGUAAACAAAGACACUCAACGCAGAGGAAAAUCACUAGUCUCUCCAGGCCCAAAUCCCAGACUAUGAAUGUGAAGGGGAUACUAACCCCGAUUUUCCAAGAGCAAAGGUUAUCAAAAAAUAGAAACAUACACGGAUUUUUAUUCUUCAGUUCUUAAUUUCUCUAACAUUUUCACUUUCAACAGAGUAUGUAGUUGCUCGUUUAGCCUCAAAGCAACAUUAACUGCCUUAGCAAGUCUAGUUAUAACUUCAGCAAGUCUGACUGCAUUUUUGAAGUGCACAUUUAAAACUUUGCUAUUAAAAUGAAGGUAACUAUUCACAUUUUCUCAAGAUUAUUUGAAGCUCAGUCAUUAAUUUAAGGUCCAGAAACAGAAAUUUGGCCAUAUUACACCUAAAAUAGGUAUAAUAGGAAACCUAAAAUAAAAGACAAGCUAAAAGAAGAAACCAAGCACAUAUUCAGUAGGGAAUGACAGGAAGGACAGGAUAAACACAGAACAGAAAGGUGAUCAGUUGCUUCCUGGUUAAAUCUAGAAUAACCAUUCAAUAAGUAUAUUAAUUAACCUUAACCAGGAGUGGGCUGAGAACAACUCUUUCAAAUAAAUGGAUGCUUUUUAUAUUAAAUGGGGGGAAAUAUCUGUUAUACUUUUUAAUACCAAAUAAGAAUGCAUUUAAACUUAGAAGAGCCCCAGAAGAACUAAAAAAUUGCCUAAUCUUUCUUCAACCACUUUAUAAGAGAGGCAGGAGUACCAGGGCAGAUUAAGAUCAAAUUGGUAUAACUUUGUAUUUUUUGAAAUCUUUCAUUAAUUGUAAAAUGUAACUCUGAUGUGAUUAGAAACAAACUGUAUUUUAACAAAACAGGUUUCAGUAUUUGCACAAUGAAAAAGUGUUUGUAUUUCAACUAUGGAUAUUUCACAUAACUAUCUUUGUAGACCAUCUGCAAAUGUAGAGGUCUUACAGCAUAUGAACAAAGGAAGUUUGAACGUGCUAUUUUUCUGAGCCUCUUUUAAUAAAGAUUACAAGAUGGCAUAAAACGAAGUUUAUUUGCUAAAGUCUUCAACAUAAAUCCAGUUAUUGUUUCUCUAUUCAAAAACUUGGGUUUUACCUCAGGACCAUAGUAAUAAGAAGGCUGUUUGAAUGAUAAUAGAUACCACAGAAUUAAAAUAAAACCAGGGCAAUUCA